AUGGUCUCCUGGUGUCUGACCUUCCUUUUGUCUGGGGCACUCCUAACAGUUUCCCAGCCAACCCUGGCGCAGCUGGAUGCACUGCUGGUCUUUCCAGGCCAAAUGGCCCAACUUUCCUGCAGGCUGAUACCCCACCACACUCCCAUCAGGGACCAUACAGUGUCUUGGUAUCAGCAGCGGCCAGGCAGUGCCCCCCGUUACCUCCUCUCCUACCGCUCAGAAGAGGACCACCAUCGGUCCCCUAACAUCCCUGACCGCUUCUCGGCAGCCAAAGAUGAAGUCCACAACACGUGCAUCCUGACCAUCAACCCCGUCCAGCCUGAGGAUGACGCAGAUUAUUAUUGCUCCGUGGAAUACAAAUUUUAG